GGACACGCCCAGCCCAGACUUGUCUCGCUGGCGCAAGAGGGGUUUCUCAGAUCCAUCACAGCUGUGUGUGUGUGAGAGAGAGAGAGAGAGAGAAAGCAUUUGGGUGCUGGCUGCGUGACGGUGGGUGUGUGAGGGGUUGUGCACUCUCGGCCUAUCAACUUCCAGCUUCACGAAGGAAUCGAGGUAUCACAAUGAAGCACAUGCUGAUUCGUCUGAGCCGCUGGGCCACGCUGAGCCGCAGCGCUCACUCUGCGAUACGCUCGUCGUCGACGGCGACGGCUCACGCCAAGCAUGACCAGAGAGCGCUCUCACCUGAGGAGGUCUUCUCACGAGAGGAGCGAUACGGAGCUCACAACUACCACCCGCUACCCGUCGCCCUGCACAGAGGAAAAGGAGUUCACGUGUGGGACGUCGAAGGCCGUCGGUAUUUUGACUUCCUGAGUGCGUACAGCGCCGUAAAUCAGGGUCACUGCCACCCGAAAAUCAUUGCAGCUCUGACCGAACAGGCCUCCAGACUCACGCUGACCUCCAGAGCCUUCUACGGCGACGUGCUGGGAGAAUAUGAGGAGUACAUCACCUCUCUGUUCGGCUACAACAAAGUCCUGCCCAUGAACACAGGUGUCGAAGGCGGAGAGACGGCAUGCAAACUGGCACGCAAAUGGGCUUACGGCGUUAAAGGUGUUCCGCAGUACCAGGCCAAGAUCGUCUUCGCACAGGGGAAUUUCUGGGGUCGUACGAUGGCAGCCAUUUCCAGCUCCAGCGACCCCAGCAGCUACGAAGGGUUCGGCCCGUUCAUGCCCGGGUUCGAGCUCGUGCCCUACAAUGAUGUUGCGGCUCUGGAGAAAGCUCUUCAGGACCCUAAUGUUGCUGCGUUCAUGGUGGAGCCCAUCCAGGGGGAAGCGGGUGUCGUGGUUCCUGAUGCAGGCUACCUGAGGAAAGUGCGUGAGCUCUGCACCAAACACAACGUUCUGUUUAUUGCAGAUGAAGUACAGACGGGUUUGGCUCGUACAGGACGCAGAUUGGCUGUAGACCACGAGGACGUGAGACCGGACAUGGUGAUACUAGGAAAAGCUUUGUCUGGAGGGGUGUAUCCUGUGUCUGCGGUGCUGUGUGAUGAUGAGGUGAUGUUGACGAUUAAACCCGGUGAGCACGGCUCCACCUACGGAGGAAACCCCCUCGCCUGCAGAGUGGCCAUGGCUGCCCUACAGGUCCUCGAGGAGGAGAAGCUGGAGGAAAAUGCAGCAGAAAUGGGGAAGCUUUUGAGGGUGGAGCUUAACAAGCUACCCAAAGAGGUUGUAACGCAGGUGCGAGGGAAAGGCCUCCUCAACGCCAUCGUCAUCAAGGAGACUAAAGGUUGCAACGCCUGGGAAGUGUGCUUGCGUCUCCGCGACAAUGGGCUAUUAGCCAAGCCCACUCACAAUCACAUCAUCAGGCUGGCUCCGCCCCUCAUCAUCAAGGAAGAUGAGAUAAGGGAGUGCGCAGAAAUCAUCCAGAGAACCAUCUUGUCCUUUUAAAAGGCUCUUGAUCAUGACUAAUAAUUAGAUUUUAACGAAACCUCACGACUACAGAUAUACAAUUAACAGGGGCGUGUUUAAAAGGCGAGACGUUUAUCAGGGAAGAAAUGACGUGUAGGAGAGGCUGUUCAGAUUUAAACUAAGCCUUAAGCGUUUUAAAUUGUACACAAAUUGCUUAGUAUUAGUAUGAUUUAUUGGGAAAAAAAAUUGGAUUAGCUUGUGAUGGCAGGUGGUGUGUGUGUGUGUGUGUGUGUUACUGAUACACCUGUGUCAGGUGUGAUAAAGCAGAUACUUCAGUUUGGCAAAACUUUCUUUGGAGCUAUGAAGUUUGUAUAGCGAAUAACUCCUGCAAGCCAUUAGCCACCAGGUUAUCAUGUUCAGCAGUGUUUCCCCUGGGUUUACUGAUUUGGGGGCUGGGAGUGCUGGAUGAGGACUGCAUGGUCCUAGUGCCUGCAUGCCAGGCCCGGUGCCGUGGGGGGGGGGGCGAAAGGGGGCAUCGCCCCCUCGUGGCUACAGCCCUGCCCCCUCAACAGAGACUCAGAUCACUUAAUUGUUUUCUUAUGAAAAUAUAAUGUGUCAUAGACGUAUUAAUAAUUUGCAUUUUCAAAUACGAAAUAUUAAGUGGUCGCGCAUUGCACAAAAAUACAUUUCACAUAAAUCACCUGUUUUAGACAUAGAUAUGUAAUGCUGACACAGCCGCGCACACACAGACCUGUGAUAAGGACAAGGGGCGGGGUCGUGCGGGCGGGGGUUUUACAUGUACACUUACAAGUGCACUGUCUCUGCAAUAUCCUGCAAUAUGCAGUCAGUUUACGGGAGUAGUCUUUCCCCUUCCGAAUUAAACGAAUUCAAUCACAAUACUGUGAAUCCAUUUUCUUUCUUUGUAGGCUAAGUUUAUCUCCGUUUAUGUUGGUGUAUGUGUUCAUAUAUGGUCCGCUUUGUGCACAAAUAGCGUAAGAAUAUGUGUCGUUGACGUCACCCCCCAUGCAGCGGGGGUGAAAAUUCAUCACUUCAGAGUGUUUAGUCCCCUACACGCCUAAACUGGGAUCGCGGAUUAAGUGGUUAGCGUUGACUCGGUGCGAGUCAGGAAGGCUAUUACUGGUGCAGCCGCGGGGUCUGUUGAUUUUUUUUAAAUUAUGAUUUUGGCCGCCGAGCCAAGUACCUUAGACUUGCACUGACGUUUUGUUUUCAUGCCGCAGAGCUAUUUGUAUGUAUUUUAAAUUUAAAGGACUUGCCUGUAGGUUUGUGUGUGUUGUUUUAUGUUUGGCAUCUUUCCGGUUGUACCGCGUGUCUGUGAGAAAAUCGGAGGGGAGGGUUAACAGGUGGGCACGCGAGUUGAUAAAGCGUAACUGCCCUGGUAAUAUGUCACAUGAUUUUCCCGGACUAAAGCAACCUUCAGGGCCGUGGUUUUGCGGUUGGCACAGUUAAUUGUUUGAAACACGUUGUCAGACCGCCAUCACUACUACACACUAUAUGAAAAAUAUUUGCCCCCUUGCGAUUUCUAAUUGCCCCCUUAGUAAACUGUUACUGGCGCCGGGCCUGCUGCAUGCUCUCCUUUUUUUUUUUUUUGAGCAGGCACUCUUUCCGCAUGGUCCUAGUGCUUGCACUCCCCCCCCUCCCCCCCUUUUUCUUUCCUGACCUUCAAAAGUGUGUGUGGGGGACUUUUGUGGGGGGUAAUGGAUCCCGUGGGGGGGCAAUAUAAUGGUAGGGGAAAUACUGCUAUGUUUGUGUGUGUGAUUUAGACAUGCAGAUUUAGCCCCCGAUGCUAACCUGGUGGCCGUUCGCUCACAUUACUUGCCUUAUGCCUCUAAAGCUAAAGAAGCUGCCCUGAGUUACGUGCUGGCAUUUCAUACUUGCUGAAACGUUUCAUUUCACGUUAAACAAAUUUGCCUUGAAAGGACACAUUCGAAAAGACAUUCCCUAUUUCAGAACACUGGUGAAAGUAAAGACUCCUUUUUAAGAGAUCGAAAUAAAGAUUUAAAUAAAUGAAAUUUAACACACUCAUUUGGGUUUUGCACCGAAUUGUGGAUUUCGUAUUCAGCGAGUUGAAUGUGGUUUGUUAUGAAUGUAAAGCUCCUUUCGAAGUAGAAGAGAGUUGAUCUUGCUUCGUCGUUGCACACGUACAGAGGGACGUGCAGCUCGACGGUUACGUUACAGGUAGAAAAGGCCGUUAUUCUGUGGAAAAAAGUGUCAAAGGAGAAUUGUGUACAGUGUCAUUUUUUUGGCUGAGUUCUGGGUUGUUUUACAAUCAGGGUAUGCAAGCUAAAAAUCACAUUUAACGCUUAGGCCAAAAAAACAAAAUAGUGUGUUUCCGGUAACAUGAAAUACUAAAAUAAGGUCGGUAGGUAGGAAAUUUUUUUUUUUUCCUUUUCUUAAUUUUUUUUAUUUUGUUCGAAAAAAUUAACACAAGUAAACAUCUUACAAAAUAGUAUUUUGGCACAGAAUCCUUUAUACCACACAUCAUAAUAAAAUAAGUGUUUUAAAUCUUUAAACGAAUAAAAAAAAAAUCGCGAGAGUUCGAGUUAUGAUCUACGGAAGCGAUAUUUCAUGAUAUUUUCAUGUAAUAACGUGAAAACACCUUAUCAAGAAAUAACGUGAAAAUAACGUCCUAGGCUCGGCUACUUCCAUUAAAAGCAGACGGCCUCGCCUAGCCUACUGUAGAACUUGGGUCGAGCAAAAACAUGGCUGAAUCCUGAAUGACUCCUAUUUGUAUAAAUAGGGGACUACAUAGGUGGCAAAACGUAGUGUUUUUCCCUGCCAUGGAAGUGCACUUGUAUACUGAAAAGGAAGCAGUUUGCAUUACAGCCUUGAAUGAGGAUUCAAAAUGGCGCCUCGGCUCAGUUUUCCUUCCUCCUUCAGUAUACAAGUGCGCUUCCAUGUUUAUGCAGGAGGGCUGAUAGAAGUGGCGAAACAUUUUACUUUUUAUCAUUUCUUUCACAACUUGAAUGCGUUGAAACAAAAAAUUAUGACAAACUAACGCCGCUUACACUAAAAUAUCGAGGGAAAUUUGUAAUAAAAACUUUACGGUCGGCAAUUUCGACGCGGAAAUUCUCGAUCGGUCGGGUUACCGGAAACACACUUUUUUAUUUGGCCUUAUUAUCUUCAAUAUCAAAAGGCUUGACUAAAUAAACUUGGUUGUUUAUUGUAGCCCUGUGAUAGCUCUAUUUACCAUGCAAAAAAAGUUUGGUGAUAACGUUAUUUUUGGUGAAUGUAUGGCAAUAUAUGUCGUAUUUAGCAAAAUUACUCGUGUCAUUUAGAAAAAGUGCUUUUUUGACCACAGGUAGCUCCAAAAGGGAUGCACUUACAUCAUUCUUUAUACCAUAAAACACAUAUUUGGUUCCAUAUCAUUGGAAACAUAGUUAAGUUUUAAUGUUGAAUGCCAGUAAGUUUUCAGACUAUUUUGAUCAAAUUAGUAUGUAAUUGUGUCAAAAAAAAGUCCUCUCCGAGACAGCUAAUUUUUCAAUAUAAAAUAACAUAUCUAAAAUGAUUAUUUUCAUCCUAAAAUGUGGUCAAGAUAUUGGGACAUAAAUAUUAAAGACAACUAACACAAAGCUUACAGCUUUAUAUUUAAAAGCGCUAUGGAAGUAGUGGAUUCUGAAUUGUCAAACAAAAAAAAAGUCCUCUCCGAGAAUCACUUCAUUUGUUUCUCCCGUCUUAUAGCAGAUUACACAAAACUACCAUACACACAUGUCAAAAAAUUACCUGAAAUCUGUUCUUUAACUUGUCCUUCACUUAAAAACUGGUACAAGAACCAGUUUGAAUUUUGGACCCCUGUGACACAAACUUUGUACCCUGAUUGUAAAACAACCCUUAUAGCUUUAAGGUUUAUGCUCAUGUUAAAGAAUUAAAUCCACAGUGAGGAUCCACUGAUAAAUGAGCACUAAUGCACUAUAAUUUAUACCUGUGGCAUGAUCUAAGGUACCAGUGGAAAGUUUGGACAUGCCUUCGAAUUCAAUGUUUUUUCUGAAUGAUUUUUAUGAAGUAAAAGAUGAUAUCGCAUGUUAAAGUAAUGAUGGAUGUUGUUUCUCUUUACUUAGAGUGGUUAUUGAUCUAAUAUGGAUUACUACAGUUGUGGUGUUGACUAGAGCUAUUUACUGAUCUGAAACACAUGAAGGCAAGAAACUCAUCCACCAAUUACCUUUUUGACGAGACACACCUGUUAAUUGAAAAGUAUUCCAGGUGACUACCUCAUGAAGGUGGUUGAGAUAACGGCAAUAGUGUGCAAAGCGUCAAGGGAAACGCUGAAGGAUCUAAAAUAUCAAACGUUUUGUUUUAAUUCUUUGCUUCCCUCAUAAUUCCAUAAAUGUUCCAAGUGUUAUUUCAGAACUUUGAUGUCUACAAUGAAACCUAUGAAUGAGAAGAGUAGGGGUGGACAAACUUGACUGGUGCUCAAUAAUGUGAAUGAUGUGCUUGUGUGUCUGUGUCACGGAGUUAAAUUUAUGUACAUGUUAAAUGCGUCUGAUGUCUGCAGAGAGUUUUGAGGAUAAAAUAAAUAAAGCAGAUUUAAGAAA